UGAAAUUUAUAUUAAAUUUUUUAUAGGAGAAUUUUGGUAAAAGAUAUAGAAAAAAAAGUAAAAAAAAAAUAGUUUAUGGAUGUCACAUUUGAUUAAUUGCAUUUUGAUUUCGUGAGAAGUGUACAGGAAGAUAGUAUCAAACUGGGAACAGUUGAUACAGGUGUUGUUUGGCCACGUUGAAUGAUAGGAACACCUGUGCACACUAGAGGGGGAUCUAGUGGUCAUCAGGCUGCCAGUCCUCACUGAACAGCUGAUGUGAGAGGACACUCUGGAUUUAAAUGAGAUCUUAUGUCAGUGGGAAAUAAUCAGUGAUAUAUAACUGUGUAUUAUAUCAUUAUUUGAAUAGUUUUUUAGAAUUUGAUUAGAGAUAUUUAUGAAGUUCUAAUCAAAAUUUUGGCUCAGGUUGGUGGAUUUGUGUUACUAACGAGAGCCUGAAAGUGAUAAAAAAAAAACUGAUCAACUUUUCAAGUGCUAUUUUACGAUCAAGUCUGAAAACUAAUUUGAAAUCAUGAUGGAGGAAAACCCGGCCCCAGUAACACUAAGGUCUCGUAACGUUGCGGCAAGAUUCUUUACCAGGCCAUGUCCUGCAAUCCCGAACCAAGCAGAAAAACACUGCAUGGUUGACGUUGAGAUGUCAGGAGGAGACAUGGGAGUCGUCACCAAGGGGAACCGGACCUCGGGGACGAUGUACUCCUCGUUCCGACUCAUGCGCCUCUUCUUCAAUGCCAUCUUGUUCUCCCUAGCCAUGCUCAUCAUCCUUGUUACCCUAAACAACACAUGGCCAAUGAAAAACACUGGCCACAGCACAAACAUCUUGGACCGAACUUUAGUGGCAAUGGGGGUCCAGGAGCGUGUGUAUGCAGUGAUCAUUGACGCAGGCUCAACAGGCUCCCGCGUCUUGGCCUUCACUUUCUUCAAGAGCCUCACAGGUGCAGGAUGUGAGGAGACAUUAGUGGCAAAAGGACCACUUAGCUUCAUCGCAAAUAACUCUUCCUAUGACAAAUCGUUAAAAUUGGAUGAUGAGCUGUGGCACGAAAUCAAGCCAGGUCUUUCCAGCUAUGCAGAUAAUCCAGAGGAGGGUGCAAAGUCUUUAUUGCCAUUGCUAGAGCUAGCAAAGGGGCGCAUCCCCAAACAAAACUGGGCAUCAACUCCAAUUGUUUUGAAAGCAACUGCAGGGUUGAGACUCUUGCCGGAAGAAAAAGCAGAAGCAUUAUUACAAGAGGUAAAGAAAGUAUUGAAAGACUCUGGUUUCCACACAACUGAGAAUUCUGUUGGAAUCAUGGAUGGCCGUGAUGAAGGAAUUUUCUCUUGGUUCACAGUUAAUUACCUCAUGGAUCGGAUAACAGGAGACCCCAAAGAAACUUUGGUCGCUCUGGACCUCGGUGGUGGAUCAACACAGAUUACAUUUGUACCUGUGGAGCAGACCACAGUGCAGUCCACCCCAGAGGACUAUCUCACCACUAUCUCUCUUCUUCAUAAGAAUUUAAAUCUCUAUACACACAGUUAUCUUGGUUUAGGUUUGAUGGCAGCUCGCAAAGCAGUCCUCCUACAGCACAGAGGUGAAGAUGGAGUCAUCCACUCCCCUUGCGUCAAUCCAAUCAUAGACUCCCAGUGGAGCUAUGGGGGUGAAACUUACACUGUCAGAGGUUCUGAGCACCCCAAGUAUCAAGAGAUCAGAGGUCAGGCAGGUCGUCUGAGUGAGAACCGGCCCAUAGCUGACCAUAAAUCUUGCCUUGAAGCUUGUGUCAAAGUAAUAAAGGAUCAGGUACACUCCCCACCUGAGCUGAGAACAAGAGAAGUGAUUGCCUUCAGUUACUUCUUUGACAGAGCUACCGAGCGAGGCCUUAUUGAUCCAUUUAAGGGAGGAGUUCUAACAGUUCAAGAGUUUUUGCAAGCGGCUGUGCAAACCUGUAAUAUUCCUAAUGCUGAGCAGCCUCUGGCAUGCCUAGACUUGACAUAUAUCAGUGCAUUCCUCACCAGUGGCUAUGGCCUUAAGGGUGAAAACACAGUAAAAUUGUUCAAGAAGAUUGAUGGCUAUGAAAUCAGCUGGGCCCUUGGUUUGGCUUUCCAUAUCAUAAAUAAUGGUAUAUAAGUUUUAACAUUGUGAUUCACGUUGGUAUAAUUUGGAAACCAGUGAGCUUAGUGACAGGAGAUUUUUAUUACUGAUGCGACUGAAUGUGGGAAAGCAUAAUAAUGAAGUAUCAUAAUAAGUUUUUAAUUGCUUGCAGGAUGAUCCAGUUAGUUUCUUUUUUUUUCUUUUCUAGUUUUUUUCUAGUUUUUUUUUUUUUUACGUAAAACUUAAAGUGUGAAUGUGCAGUAUGUUUGUGUUUUGAAUGCAUGUGUAAAUGCCUGUUUGGAUGCAUAAUUAUUUGUGCUGAUGUCUGUAAUCCACAAUAUGUUCACAUACAUUGUAUGUGAACAAUUAGUAUGUUUCUGGAUAUAUUUUAUGAGAAGUAAAAAAAAGAAUUAGAAUUGUAAUGUAUUGCAAGUAUGGGAAUAUUUUAAGGUAAAGUGCUGUCGUAAAAUAGAUUUCAACGGAAUGUGAAUGUUGGACAUCUUGUGUGCUAAGAAGAGCCUACUGUUAUGCUUCUCAGGUUAGGCUGUACGAAGCUGAAAGUAAUAUUUUGUCAAUAUUCUCAGGAGAUAGAUUCGUUUCCAUAAGACAUUCAUGGGAUCACUGUGUAGGAAGCUCUAUUUGCUGAGCAUGUACUUUUUUUUUUUUUUUUUUUUUUUUUUUUUUUUUAAUAUCUAAGGUGCAAGGAACAUGUAGUGCCUGGGCUACUAUAUAAUUGUUAUCUUAAAACUAAUUAUUUUAUUUGAUACUACUGAGAGAUGUGACGAUUUUUAGAAAUGCCUUCAUGUGAGACAGUACUUUUAGGUUAUUAUGAAAAUGACUUGUGACUUUUUUUAAGCUUAUUUUGGUAUAUACUUCAUGCAAUAAUCUUAUAUAACCUUUAAUUAGAUCUUAGGAUGAAGAAAUUAUGCAUUACACAGGAGCAAUAAUGUGGAUAAAAUGAUGUUUGUGUAUGGUUGAGAAAUUUAUAUAUUAAAAAAGAAAUUGUGUGCAGUUAAGAGUUGGGAAAUAUGUUUUCAAAGUACAUGCAGGUAAAUUGUCUGUCAUAUUCUUUUUAAUGUUUUAAAUCACCACCUUUAUAUGUGGUUGUAUCUGAAACAUAUAGCUCAGUAUAAGUAGAAAUUGUUCCAUGAAAAACUACAAAAGGCCCUCCAGUGAAGAUGUUGGACUUGUGAAAAUUAUUUGUUGAAUGCUGUGUUGAGACUUGUUGCUAUCAAAGAUAUUUAGGAUGAAUUGCUGUUGGUUAUAUUGUUGAAGUUUUCAUUGUAUUCUUGUUGCUGUGGCUACUGAACUUAAAAUGAAAAUGAGAAAAGUGCAAGCCUUAGCUCAGUUGUACAAGUAUUGUAUUAUAUUUUUGGGUUACCAAGCAUUGUUAAAGUGAUGUGUUUGUAUACACUACCAUGCAGAUAUUUAUGUUAUAUUUUGUGAUAAGAAAUGCUCGCAAAAUGUUGGAAGGAGUGAAUGUAUUGAUUUAAAAGAGGAUAUUCCAUGUGUUUGUUCCAAAGCAUUUUAUGAUAUUUGUUGUGUAUAUAACAUGGGAGUUCAAAAACUUUCUAAAUGCCAUCCAAGUAGUAUAAAUAAUGAUUGUGAUACUGGUGAUGCAUGUUUUGGCAAGAUCAAAUGUCCUAACUAAUUUUGAUUUAGGUAAGUUACUCUUUUACGUUCCUUUUUAUUAUAAUAAUCAGUAUUGAUAUUGUUUAGUAAAUAACAUCAGAAUAGAUAAGUUUUGUCAAGAGGACUGUGUGUGGUUGCAUGUGUGUAUAUAUAUAAAUAUAUGUAUGUAUAUCACAUGUAAUACUAAUAUACACAUACAUACAAAGUAUGUAUAUAUACACACGCUGCAAUUUUUGAUGGUGCUAAUGUGCGUAAAAUCUAAGAGCGCAGCUUUGCACGGGACACAGGUAAUGGUGAAUGUUUGUGUUGAAUGAGAGAGAGAAGAGAGAGAACAAGUGAGUAAAUGAAAGUUAUCCAAUUGCCAUACACAUUAAAGUCUUACCAUUAUAGAUAUAUUCAAAUACAAGAAUAUUGAUAUUUUAAACUUUUGUACCUUGAUUACUUGCUUUUGCUUUUUAAGAUAGUACGAAAAUUGAAAACUUGAUUUGUAUAUCUAGGUACCAUUUAACUAGAGGCCAGACCUUAAGUUAAGAUUUUAGAAGAAGAGUUUAUAAUAAUUUUCCACAAUAGGAAUGAUAGAAAAAUGUUGAAGUUCAAAAGUUCAAAUACUUUUUUUUUUUUUUUUUUUUGCCUAUCUAAUACAUAUAUUUUUUGUUGUCAGUUAUUUCUCAAUAUGAAUUCAAACUCUUCAUUUAUUGUUCAGGUACUUUAUUUAUUGUGUUUCAUAUCUCAGAUAUAUAUUUCCAGACAUAUUAACCAUAAUUUAUAAUAAAUUUUGUUGAACCGAAUUUAAGUUUAAGCUUAGAGAAACUAUAAGGAAUUCUUUUUUUGUAAAGGUUAGUGUACUGCCGUGUUAAUAUUUCGUUUAGAUAAAUAAAACCAGAAACACUGAUAAACAUCAGUCAUUAGCUUGAAACAAACCAAGAAAAAAAAAGAAAUCAAAAAUAAAUUCUAAAAAACUGCUAAUAUGUUAUGAUCAACUUUAAUGAAAAUAGCAACAUGUUAAAGUUUAUCAUUUCCUGCUAUGGUAUCUUCUGGUUUAGUGAGGUUAUUGUGUUGAAUUUACUUGUUAUUGGAAUCUGGAUGACAGUAAUGUUCACUUUGUUAAGUUAUCAAAUAAAUUGUCCAUGAAUA